AUGAAAAUUUUGUGGAAGUUCUCGGAGAUUGUUGUUGUUGUUGUUGUUGUUGGUUUCCGAACACUUGUACUCGAAUUCAUGUUUGAGUGUCGUCGUGUUGAUGUUAUCAUCAUCUGCAUGGAUUGCAAGUUUACCAAGCUCUCUAGGACUACGGUGUUUGCUGACCCAGUGGAGAGGGCCCAAAAUAGCACUGCAAAAUGCCGGAACGGUUUCGAAAGGCCCGACCCCCAUCUGCAUUUGAUCCGAACAUGGAAGGUGAGGGUUGGAGACAUGGUAGAGAUAAUAAGUGGAAAAGACAAGGGAACUCAGGGGGAGAUCCUACAGACUGAUUACCGUCGUAACAUGGUGAAGGUGCGAGGAGCUAAUCUAAGACGGAUGAAGGAUAAGGAUGGAAAUGAUUAUCAAAUUGAAAAGAAGAUUCAUUACAGUAACGUUAACUUACUCGAUCCGGUAUUCAAGAAGCCAACAAGAGUGGACCUGAGAUGGACGGAGGAUGGGCAGUUGUGUAAGGAUGAAUGA